CUUUUUUAGUAACAUACGUGCUCGAUUUUUCAAUGGAAGCCAAGAAUUGUGUUUUGCGCUUUGUGAAUGUGUAUUGCGCCAAUUUGUGAAAUAAUCAAACUGAUUACGAUUUUUUACAAGCCAGAAGUGUAGAGUUCACAUUAUCGCAUUGUUUUUGCCAGUCUCCCGGUGUCCUAAUUAUCUCACCUUGCAAUUACGGAACUGUAAAGUAUUUUAGGUUAUGUUAAACUACCUCAUGCCCUUUAUUUUAUAACGUUUUGAGCCAAUAAUGUCGGAAAACAGCAAUUCGACUUCUGUUAUGUCAGAAGUCACAACUCUGAUAAGAAACUGGGAAGAUGAACAUACGGCGCCUAAUUAUGACCCCAUUCAGACACUCACCAGAUUGGCCGAAAUAUGCGAGGUGGAGACUGAAAAUUACCUGAAAAUGGAUCCUGACCCAUUUGAUGAACGCCACCCUUCACGAACUGAUCCUGACUGCAAACUUGGCCAAAUUUUAAAAGCGCUUUUUAGGAAGGAUAUUUUUAUGAACAAACUUGUUAACGAUUAUUUGAGAGAAACGUACUACUCUCGGUCAGGAAUCACAGACAAGGAUGUUGAUCAGUUGAAUAUUGCAGCUUGUAGGUUGAUGCUAGACGUAAUGCCUGGCUUAGAGACAUCAGUGGUGUUUCAACCCGAUAUGGAUAAUUUGAUUCACCGUUUAAUUAAAUGGACUACAAAUUCAAUAGAACCUCUGCAAAGUUACGCAACGGGGCUUUUAGCUGCUGCAAUGGAAAUUCCAGAAAUUGCCACACGUUUUAGGGAACAAAACGGACGACUUGUGCCUUUACUACUUCAAAGACUGCGUAGGCUUCAAAAUUCCUCGGAAUUUUUGACCACGACAAAUACUCGACCUUUUGCACACUUAUCUUCAAUGAAGUCGCCCCCUUAUCGCGGUGACGGUGUCGUAAAAGUUUCACCCUCUGGUAUUAAAAGGCCCCGCGAGAAUGGAGUUAUUCCAAAUUCGAAAACAACACUUAAUAAAGAAAACACUGAUGUGAUUAACACUAGUGAGUUAUCAGAUUCGGAAAGCGGCCAAAAACGCAAAAAACUAAAGCUGGAGCACAAUUCAAGCGAAGCUGAUGAAGGCUCUCCUCAAAAACCCUUCCUAUUUAACGAAACGAGCAAUUCGUCGUGGGCAGAGCUUGAAAGUUUUAUGAUUGGAACCGUGCAAAUUUUUCCGCCAACUAUAGCAACGCGUCAAAUACUCAUUUUACGUUAUUUGACACCGUUGGGUGAAUAUCAGGAGUUUUUGAGUCAUGUUUUCGAAAAUGACGCUCUUAGUUUGGUCUUAAAGUAUGUGAAUGUCCGAGCGACUAAAGAAGCAAGACUUGCAUUUGAAGCCUUGAAAUAUCUUGCUGCUCUUUUAUGCCACAAAAAAUUCUCGAUUGAGUUUAUUCAAAUGGAUGGUCUUGAGGCACUUCUGGAGGUGCCAAGGCCGUCAAUAUCAGCCACUGGGGUCUCGAUUUGUUUGUACUAUUUGGGGUAUUGUGAGGAGGCAAUGGAGAGGGUUUGUCUGCUUCCGAAAUACAUGAUCACCAGUUUAGUCAAGUAUGCUUUAUGGCUUUUGGAAUGCUCACACGAUUCGGGCCGAUGUCAUGCUAUAAUGUUUUUCGGUCUCACGUUUCAAUUCAAAGUGAUUUUGGAGGAAUUUGAUGCUCAUGAUGGGUUACGAAAGUUACACAAUGUGAUUUCUACUUUAUCAAUUUUACUGCCGGACACCGAUACGACUCAACUAAACGAAGAUCAAGAGUGCGCCGCUCGUCAAAUCGUUCGCCACGUUUGUGUUGCAUACCGUCGUUACCUUGAAGCUCAUCUAAACCUAAAAGUAGAACCAAUUAAAAGAUCACAACUUAGACUUAACGAAAAAAUGGCACAGCCGCCUUUACCGGCGCAGCCGAGCUACAAACCGUACAAGUCAUCGCCUGAAGAGGUGCAACAGAACGUCGAAACGUUGUUGCAAUAUAUGCCGUUUCGGUGCCAUUGGACGCCAGUUGAUCAGUUACUCAAAUUAGGGGGAAUCACACUCUUGUUGAAAAUAAUCGCGUUUGCGUAUGAGUGGAAUUAUAGUGGGAGGGCUGAGACGGUCAGGUCGGCUUUGGAUACGUUGGCUAUUGCGUGUGUGAUGCCUAAAGUUCAAUUGUUAUUUUGUGAUAGGGUGGAAUUGCCAGAGGAGAGUGCCACAGUUGGGAUUAAUAUUAUUUUGGGGGCCGCUGAGGGUGAAAUAGUGGCCGAUGCUGAUGUACAAAAGGCUGCGCUUCGAGUCAUUGUCAAUUGUGUGUGUGCCCCCAUAAAUAGGGUUGGUGGUACUUUAACCCGAUAUUCGGCCACGGUUAACAGCCCAAUUAAGAAAAUUAAACUCAAAAGUAGCGAAGAAUUGAUUCAGAGAGUUUGGGAUUGUGUCAGGUCUAAUAGUGGUAUUAUGGUUUUGUUGCAAUUAAUGAAUAUUAAAACACCAAUCACUGAUGCGGACUGUAUACGAACUUUGGCUUGUAAAGCAUUGGCCGGCUUAGCACGGUCGGAAACUGUCCGACAGAUCGUGUCAAAAUUACCGCUUUUUACGAGCGGACAACUGCAGAAUUUAAUGAGGGACCCAAUUUUGCAAGAAAAACGCCAAGAACAUGUGACUUUCCAAAAAUAUGCACUUGAACUUUUGGAACGACUUUCGGGGAAAACGAAACAUCGGGGAAAUGACUUGGAAGUUUCUUUAGCCAACAUACAUAGAGCUAACGUUGUGGCUCAGACUAAAAUUCAAUUCAAUGAUCGGCAAUUGUUACAACUCAUCCACCAACAUUUAAUUACGAAAGGUUGUCCAGAAACGGCCUCUAUGUUAGUGAAGGAAGCAAAUUUGGGAAACUCAGUCACGCCCAUUUCAACAAAUCAACCAACCAAAUUCCGAUACUCGUCCACUCUAACACCAUCUAGGCUUAAGUUAAAUUUCACUCCAAUGCAACACCGCACAAUACCGCAGUCACCAGUGCAAAAGGAGGAGACAUCGUUUAUUAAUAGUUCCAACUGUACUUCCCCUGCUAUUAAAUUAAUAAAGAAACACCAAAAUCAAGUGGUCGCGACACCACCGGUCCAAAACUCCCGAUUACAGAAACAAACGAAUAGCGAUGUUGUAGUUAGGGUGCCGAGUCAGAGCUUGCUUGACGAACCGACGAAUCCACCCGAACAGCCCCGAGUCACGCUCGAUUCGAUCAUAACCGAGUAUUUAACCAAUCAGCAUGCGUUAUGUAAAAACCCCAUGGCCAACUGUCCCAAAUUCAAUCUCUUUAUUCCACAUAAAUGCCCAGACCCUAAACCAAAGAUAGCCUCAGCCAAUAAUUUUGUGGUGAGGUGUGCGCGACGUGCUAUUGGGUAUCAGUCCAAGUCUAUGGACCGGAAAUUUAUUCAUUCGAGAUUUUGUCCAGUUCAAACGAUUCGGUCGUCGUCCGAUGGCGAUUUCUUCACUUGUGCGAAAUUUUUACCGGGUGAUAAAAGCAUAAUCGUGGGUGAUUACAGUGGUGAUAUACGAAUUUUUAAUCUGCAUACUGGAAAUGAAGAGUUUAUGUUUCAAACGCACGAUAAUUAUAUCGUUCAUUUGGAGCCUAACAGGAGUGGGGAGUUUCUGUUGACGAGUUCCACGUGGGGGCGGCCUCUGUCCGCACUCUGGGCCAUAAGGAACUCCGAGAUGAAGUUUGCGCUGGACGAUGAAGAACAUGUUGAGUUUAGUAAAGUGACACAGGAGCGGAUUGUGGCGACUAAACUUGAAGUUGCAACAAUUUACGACGCCGUCACGGGCCAAUCAAUCUUGCGUUUAGUUCCUACAGAUAGUAACCAAUACACUAGAAAUAAAGCCACAUUUAGCCCGUUCGAUGAUUUGGUUUUAUCAGAUGGUGUGCUUUUCGAUGUCAAUUCGGGCAAACAGAUUCACAAGUUGGAUAAGUUGAAUCAGACCCAAAGUGGGGUGUUCCACCCUAACGGCUUAGAGAUUGUAUCAAAUACUGAGGUUUGGGAUGUGCGAACUUUUCAUUUGUUGAAAACAGUGCCAGUUUUGAAUCAACGUACUGCCGUUUUUUCACCGGUCAAUAGUGCGAUUUAUGCCAUUUCGAUGGAACAGGAAUUGGAUAAUGGUGACUCGACAUUCGAUUCGAGUUUUAAAACAGUGGAUGCGAUCGAUUACUCGAGUAUUGCUACUAUUGACGUUAAGAAAAACAUCUACGAUUUGGCGGUUAAUCGGUUCGAUACGCAAAUUGUGAUUGUGGAGAAUCAGGGGGUUUACCAGUCGGUUCAAGAGUCCGUGGUGCGGAUCUAUGAUGUCGGGAGGAAGCGAGACGAUGAGGAUGAACAAGAUGAAGAGGACGAGGAAGAGGAGGAUGAUGAUAUGGAUGGGAGUGACGAUGACGGUUCCGAUAAUGAUGUCGAUGUUGAUUUUCUAGAUCGAUUGAUGCUCAACGUGGGCGGGAAUAACGACAACAACGAUAAUAACGCCAACAAUGAUGAUGACAAUGAUGAGGACGAUAAUUUCUUCGAUAGUGAGUCUGAUAGUUGGACGACUACGUCGACUGGCUCUGAUGAUUCGUUCACGGAUGAUAUGUUCGAUUUUUGAGCGAACCGUAAAAUAAGGUUUAAAUGUGAUAGCAAUUCGAAAAUAGUUAAUUGGAUGAGUGGGCGUGUGUCUGUUUUUUAUAAGGAAAACGGCAUUUGAUGAUUUUCCAGCUUGUGGUGUCAAGUGUGUUUUUAAAUGUGAGCCGAGUUUGGAAUUAUGUUGAACAUUGUGUAUUAUAUUUCAUAAAUAAAUACAAUUUCAAAGGAACAA